UAAGAACAGUUGUGUUGAACGGAGCGAUUUGAAUUUGUUCUCGAAGAAAAUAAUUACAAAAAAAAACCUGACGCAAAUAAUAAAUAAACAAAAAAUAUUUUCUUACUGAAUAUUGUGGAAUAUUUAUAUAUUCGUAAUACAAUUGUAUAUAUACAAUAUACAACAAAAUCAGCGGAUACCAAAAUAAUUGCCGAAAAAGCAUACGUUUUGCCAUGGACGUCGACGCCGAUGAGAUACGCGCUUUGGCUUAUCUGAUGGCGUUUAAGACGGCUUGCGUGAAUGUACCGUUUGGUGGUUCCAAGGGUGGCAUACGUAUCGACCCGAAGAAGUAUACUGCACAAGAAUUGCAAACAAUUACGCGUCGCUAUACAAUGGAGCUAUUACGUCGCAAUAUGAUAGGUCCGGGUAUAGAUGUACCGGCACCAGAUGUGAAUACCAGCCAACGCGAGAUGAGUUGGUUGGUGGAUCAAUAUAUUAAAACUUUUGGCUAUAACGAUGUAGAUGCAUUGGCCAUCACGACUGGUAAGCCAGUAGAAAUAGGCGGUAUAAAUGGUCGCACCGCCGCCACGGGACGUGGUCUAUUUAAGGCGGCUGAAUGUUUUAUUAUGGAUAAAGAUUGGAUGGAUUUAUUAGGCUGGAAGACUGGUUGGAAAGAUAAAACCGUGAUCGUACAAGGGUUUGGCAAUGUCGGUUCCCAUGCAUCCGUUUUUGUAGUGGAAGCCGGUGCCAAACUGAUCGGUGUUCAAGAAUUUGACGUGUCUCUAGUAAAUGAGAAUGGCAUUGAUCCAAAGGACUUAAUGGAGUAUUAUGCAAAAAAUAAUAAAUCAAUCAAGGGCUAUACCAAAGCCACCGAAAAAGAGGGCAGUUUGUUGGGUGAAAAAUGCGAUAUACUAAUGCCUUGCUCUACGCAAAAGGUUCUCACUGUCGAAAAUGCUAACAGUGUAGAAGCCAAGAUGAUUUUAGAAGGCGCUAAUGGUCCUUCGACGCCAGCUGCCGAUGAAAUAUUACGUGAAAAGAAUGUACUCAUUAUACCGGAUUUGUUUUGCAAUGCUGGCGGUGUAACGGUAUCCUACUUUGAGUACUUAAAGAAUAUCAAUCAUGUAUCUUAUGGCAAAAUGAAUGUUAAACGCGAGAAAGCCAUAAUCAACGAGAUCUUUAACUCCAUGAAUGAGUGCGAGGAUAAGUUCAAGCCAAACAAAAAGUUAAAGCUCAUAAGAGACUGUACGAAGGAGGCGGAUAUUGUAGACGCAGGACUACAAACAGUUAUGGAAACUGCGGGGGCAGGCAUUAAGAUUGUGGCCAAUGAAUUCGGUCUCUGCAAUGAUUUACGCACCGCUGCCUUUAUUUACUCGAUUUCUAAGAUUUUCCGAGCCUUAGAAAUGGAGGGCAUUUCUCAACAAUAAUUACAGAAUGCGUCUGAAGUCGCUUGGCGAUUAUUUAUUUUUACAAAUUUUACAUUUAUAUAUUUAUAAGAUCCAAAGUGUA